GAAGCCGCCUGCGGGGCGCGCGAGGGCUGCAGUCGCUUUGCCAUGAAGCAGAAAGAUAAUACAGUGAGAACAAAGUGAAGUUUAUGCUAGGCUAAAAUCCCUUGAUUAAGUCUUCCAGCCCUUUGAACUCCAUAACUAAAAAUGAAGACGGUGUUUAUGGUUGCAGAGAAGCCUUCUCUGGCUCAGUCUAUUGCCAAGAUCCUCUCAAGAGGAAACAUGUCUUCUCAUAAAGGGCUGAAUGGGGCAUGCUCUGUUCAUGAGUACACUGGAUCAUUUAUGGGGCAGAGUGUCCACUUCAAGAUGACAUCUGUGUGUGGCCAUGUGAUGACUCUGGAUUUCAUAGGAAAAUAUAACAAUUGGGACAAAGUGGAUCCAGCAGAGCUUUUUAGCAAAGCCCCUACAGAAAAGAAAGAAGCUAACCCCAAAUUGACUAUGGUGAAAUUUUUACAGGUGGAAGGAAGAGGCUGUGACCACGUUGUUUUGUGGUUGGAUUGUGAUAAGGAGGGGGAAAACAUCUGUUUUGAGGUUCUUGAUGCUGUUCUUCCUGUUAUGAAUAAACCUCGUGGCACUGAAAGGACAAUAUACAGAGCAAAGUUCAGUUCCAUUACUGACACAGACAUCUGCAAUGCCAUGAACUCCUUGGGAGAACCCAAUCACAAUGAGGCUCUGUCAGUGGACGCCCGCCAGGAGCUGGAUCUGAGAAUUGGCUGUGCAUUUACAAGGUUUCAGACUAAAUACUUUCAGGGAAAAUAUGGCAAUUUAGACAGCUCUCUCAUCUCCUUUGGGCCAUGUCAGACCCCGACACUUGGAUUCUGUGUAGAAAGGCAUGAUAAAAUCCAGUCUUUCAAACCUGAAACUUAUUGGGUGCUGCAAGCCAAGGUGAACCAUGAAAAAGAAAGUUCUCUCACAUUGGAAUGGGAUAGAGUGAGGGUGUUUGACCGGGAGAUUGCUCAAAUGUUUCUAAACAUAACAAAGAUGGAAAGGGAUACAAAGGUAGAAUCUGUGAGUAAGAAGGAGAAAGCCAAACAGAGACCUCUGGCACUGAACACGGUGGAAAUGUUAAAAGUUGCCAGUUCUGCUUUGGGAAUGGGUCCACAACAUGCUAUGCAAAUAGCAGAACGACUUUAUACUCAGGGUUAUAUUAGCUACCCUCGAACAGAAACAACCCACUAUCCAGAAAACUUUGACUUGAAAGCAUCUUUGAGACAACAGACUAAUAAUCCUUACUGGGCAGAAACAGUAAAGGCAUUGCUGUCAGAAGGAAUUAAUCGUCCAAGGAAAGGCCAUGAUGCAGGGGACCAUCCUCCAAUUACUCCAAUGAGAGCUGCAACAGAAGCAGAACUAGGUGGCGAUGGAUGGCGUUUAUAUGAAUAUAUCACUAGACAUUUCAUUGCCACUGUUUGUGCUGAUUGCAAAUAUCUCCAAACCACCAUUUCUUUUAUUAUUGGUCCUGAACAUUUUACCUGUGUAGGAAAGAUGAUUAUUUCACCAGGAUUCACCGAAAUUAUGCCCUGGCAAAGCAUCCCAUUAGAAGAAAACCUCCCCAAAUGUGAGAAGGGAGAUGUUUUCCCACUCAGUGAAGUAAAACUGCUAGAGAAACAAACCAAUCCUCCUGAUUACCUGACUGAAGCAGAACUCAUCACUUUGAUGGAAAAACAUGGCAUUGGAACUGAUGCAAGUAUCCCAGUACACAUUAACAACAUCUGCCAGCGGAACUACGUCACAGUGGAAAAUGGUCGCAGAUUAAAACCUACAAACCUUGGCAUUGUUCUGGUUCAUGGUUACUACAAAAUAGAUGCAGAGCUGGUGCUUCCUACAAUCCGCAGUGCAGUAGAGAAGCAACUCAACUUGAUAGCUCAAGGCAAAGCCAAUUAUCAUCAGGUUCUGGAGCACACCCUUGAUAUCUUCAAAAGGAAGUUUCAUUAUUUUGUUGAUUCUAUUGCAGGUAUGGAUGAAUUGAUGGAAGUGUCUUUUUCACCAUUAGCUGCCACAGGCAAACCUCUUUCUCGCUGUGGCAAAUGCCAUCGUUUUAUGAAAUACAUCCAGGCCAAGCCAAGCCGUCUGCACUGUUCUCACUGUGAUGAAACAUACAGCCUUCCCCAGAAUGGUACCAUCAAACUUUACAAAGAGCUGCGUUGCCCCUUGGAUGAUUUUGAACUGGUACUGUGGUCUUCUGGAUCAAGAGGAAAGAGUUAUCCUCUGUGUCCAUACUGUUAUAACCAUCCACCAUUCAGGGAUAUGAAAAAAGGAAUGGGCUGUAAUGAGUGCACCCACCCAACGUGCCAGCACUCACUUAGCAUGCUUGGAAUCGGGCAGUGUGUCGAAUGUGAGAACGGGGUUCUGGUGCUAGACCCAACAUCAGGUCCUAAGUGGAAGAUGGCCUGCAACAAAUGCAAUGUGAUUGUGCACUUCUUUGAGAAUGCUCACAAAGUGCGAGUGUCGCCAGAGACCUGCGAGUCAUGUGAUGCAGCCCUUGUGGAUGUGGAUUUUAAUAAAGCUAAGUCUCCCCUCCCUGGUGACGAGACACAGCACUCAGGCUGUGUGUUCUGUGACCCUGUGUUCCAGGACCUGGUGGAGCUUAAGCAUGCAGCCAUGAGGCACCCUAUGCACCGUGGAGGACAGGGAAAAAGGCAGGGUCGAGGAAGAGGAAAGGGCAGAAGACCUGGAGGGAGACCCAACCCCAAAAAACCCAAGGACAAAAUGGCAGCGCUAGCUGCAUACUUUGUAUAAUGCUCACAUAACACCAAUUACAAGAUUUAAUUUGUAUAAAAUUUGUUUUCUUCUCAGUACAUUUUUAAAAUACCACUCAUCAUUAAAACUUUUCCUUAAAGUAAAAACGCUUGGAUCGUGUACAAAAUUGUUAUUUGCAUAAAUGCAAAUACUAAAAAAUCCCCCUGGGACCUUGACCAACUACAUGUUUAUAACUCCUUUAAGAUUUUAACUGAAGUUAAUUUAUUUGGGCACAGAACAUGGAGGGGAAGAAGGACAUUUCAGGAAAUUUACCUACAAGAAUUAUCUGUACAUGGCAGACAUAGAGACUUAACUCUCCCUAUGUAUCAUUCUUGAGUAGCUUUUGUCAGAGGUGCAAGAAUGGAUUAACAUCAGUGUCCCAUUAUUUUAACCUUAAGGUGAGUCUUUGAAAAUGAGCUUCAUUUGUAUCUUUUAAUGAUGAGCCCUCAAAAAUGGGGAAUAAUGGUGGUCUGUUAAAUUGCCAAAUCAGAACCUGCAAUAGGAAAGGAGCAGCACUGAUCACUUCAAAUCUAUAAUUACAUACUGUAUGAGGAAGAAGUUGCCCACAGAUUUAUAAGAAGGUAUGAAAAUGAGGGUAUGGCAGAGAGCAUUAUCAAAUCAUAGAAAUAGAGCUAGGAGGGACCCUGAGUCAUUUCAUCCAUCUCCUCCUAUACUGGGGUAGGUUUAAAUAUACCUUAACCAUCCCUGAGUGGUGUUUAUCUAACAUUCUUAAAAGUCCUUAAUGGGGAUUCCACUAGGGAUGUUAAAUAUCAGUUAAUUGAAUAGUCAGUUAACCCAAUUAAUGUAUUGUUUAGUUGACUAUUCUAUAGUCCCCAGGGAUGAGGCUGGCAGCCAGUGCACUCCACCUCCACCCCCGAGGAAACCCUUGUCACUCCGUGCUGCUGCCUUUGUAUCAAGAGGCAGCAGCAUAUGGGGUGCCAGGCGGAGCUGGUCCAUGCAGGGAGCCAAUUUAAAAAUCAGUUCCACUUGUACUGCUCUACUGCAUGGGGUGGUAGCAGCUGCCUCCUAAUAUGUUUUAAAUGCAAACUCGAAGCAGGAAUAGGUCCUGGACCUGGUGCAAGCCAGGACUGAGUCAGGUUGCUGGCUACGCUGCUAAAAAAUUUACUGGCAAAGAGCAAGGGAGAAUAUCUGUGUAGUCUAUAGCAUUAACCUAUAAGCUUUUCCUUAUCAGUUAAUUGAUUACACUAUUACAUCCCUAAAUUCCACUACCUCCCAAGUAACCUGUUCCAAUGCAUAAAAUGUAGUGCCCAAAACUGGACACAGUAUUCCAGCUGAGCCCUCACCAGUGCUGAGUAAAGUGAAACAAUUACCUCUGUUUCUUACAAAUGACAGUCCUGUUAAUAUUCUGAGCCCCUGUUCUUGCCUCUUUUACGUUGGUCUUGUAGCAUGAAAGGGAGGAGCAAAUACAAAGGAGCGUUCCCAAAGGGGAAAGAAAUGUAAUGGGCAUAUGAAUCCCCCAGUUUAUGGCAGGCCUAGAUGCAUCACAGGCGGAGGCUGUUCUGGCCCUUCUGUGGUUUGCGGUGGGUGGGGGGCACUUCAGUUUAGCCCACUGUUAUUUUUAGCCAGUUAAUCAAUUAACUGGGAUUUUACAUCCCUAUUGUGCACGUGGGAAGGAAUGGUAAGAGUAUUCUGGGCUCUACAUUCUGGAUUGCAGACCGGCUCAUACCUAGCCAAGUAAAGCUGCUGUAAAUUAGAGCAGGCCAUAGGAGCUGAACUUACCUUCUGAAAGGCAUACCAUACAACCUGACACUCAUCAUACAUCAAGUGCCAUCACUGGUUUCUCAGAUUUUUUUUUUUUAACUGUUGAUCUGAUGAACACUAAAGUCUUGUUUUAUCACUAGUUAACUGAGUUCAAAACAGGAUGCUAUCAUACUUUUAUAUGUAACAGAUGCAGAAGUGACAGGUGUCAGAUAAAUCUCUAUAAACAUUUAUUCAUAAAUAUAUUGGUGAGGUUUAUACCACAGCUCAGAAAUGAAGGUGUUUUCUCUUGUAUCCUUUAAAGCAGAAUUGUCACAUUAUUUGCUGUCAAUAAAAAUAUGGUAAACCACUGCCAAUA